AUGUAUUCAGGCUACGAUACUUCGACUGACAUGAAAGUCUGGAAAUUCUCUCCCUUCCUACUCUUUCUUCUUCUGAGUUCAGCACUUGGAGAAGAGGACACAGUGGCAGAGGACAUUGGUGUCCAUCAGUUGGAGCGUUUAAUAGAGCUGUUGACAUCUCAGGAGUGCGAGGACCUUCUGUUCGCCCUCUCUCACUCAGAGGAGAACAUCUUCCAACAUCUUGAACGCCUCUCAUCAGAAAAAAAUCAACUUGAUCUCAAGCCUAGAGCCAAGAGAGACACCUCUUCUGCUGAUGAUGGCGAGACUCAGUGCCGGACGGCCCUGACAGACUGGCUGAUGAGGUACGGUGAGGAGACCUACUACGACAGGCUUUCUCGCGCCUUGCAGCACAUCGGCAGAACAGACGUUGCCAUCGAAGUGGGGAAGAACAUCAACCAGGAAAAAGCCUUGAACCUGAAACGCUACGUUGAAGACUAUCACAAAUAUGUCAGCUCUUUAAACUUCCCAUCGUUCCAACCAGAUGCAAAAGACCACCAGCAUGCAGGACGGAGGGUCAGAAAAAGAAAAGUAAGGGAUCUGACAUUGCGGGACCUGGAUCUCAUUGUGGAGCGGGCUCCUGUUCCACUGUACCAGAAGGGGCCUUUGGAUGUAGUUCUUCCCCUGUUGUAUGGCAUCCUGCUGGGCUUCGGAGGCACUUUGCUUGCAGGCAUCUUUAUACUCCUCAUCAUCAUCCAUAUCUCCCGUAGAAACCAGAGGAGCCAUAACCCCAGGGUAACCAGCAGCUCUAGCCAUAAGCUCCAGGUGGAAAAUGUGAUGUUGGAAGAUGUUGUUUCUGGGAGGUCAGAGGCUGAAAAAUAA